AUGGACAGGUACAUGAGUGAUUGGCCACUUCCAUUGAAAAUAGUACCAAAGUCAGGCCUUCAUUGGACGUACGAACUGAGAGUCAGUGUCAAAGUAAUCUACCUGGAAAUAUCUAUGAUGCAGUACAAUAAAUUCGUCGCUCUUUGCUUGGUGGCUAUCACCUUGGGCCAAGCUGCUUCAUUACCCCAGCAUCCGGUUUAUCAUCCUGAGCAAUAUGCCCAACAGCAGGUUAACGCUAGAGAUGAAAGGAAAUUCGCUGAAAAACCAAACGCGAUGAAGAAAGUCGCUCUUGAUGAUAUUGAUGAUAUUGGUUCUAAUCAACUUCAGGAAACAAAUGGGACUGGAUUUUCAUGGUCAAAUAUGUUGGGAAUGGUGAUGCAAAUGUUACUGGGACCAACAGGCAGUAUCACCGGACCAAGCAAGAAUGACAUCGAUGAUGGUGCGCCUUCAAGCCCAUGGGCAAAUCUUCUGACAAUGGGCUUGAGAGUAUUGACAGCUAUCUUGGGUGGAAACCAACAAGCAGACGGUAUCGACAAAGUUGACCACAGUCCUAUGCAGGGCAUAUUGACAGCGGUGCUGGGUGCGUUUCUAGGACAGGGAAGACAUCCUGAUCAGGUGGCUACCAUGGCAAAACAAGCUACUGAGUUUAUAAACAUUGUAAUGAACUUAUUGGAUGCAUUAAAGACAUCAUUCUCCCAUCGUUCAUUGACUGCACGAUCAUUGGGUAAACGUGAUGGUAUGUCUGAGGCUGCUGUUGCUUCUAUCACAAUGUUAAAGGGUUACAUGAGAUCGAUGAAAUCCUUCAGCAAUGUCGGCAGAAUGGAAGAGGAAGGACAAAGAGGAUGUGCUGAGCGUGCAUUAUGCGAAGCGAGUGCUGAGUGUGUUGCUGACAGCCAAGGAACAUCAAUGAUCUUCUGUCAACUUGGUUCAUACGCCACGAGUUAUCUUCUUCAACGACAAAGUGGUGUCGGUUUUGAGGCACUCUUCGAAGCAGGCAGACGUGGAAGAUCCGGGGAAGAUUGCAGAACACUCUUCAUGGACUGUAAUGCCUCUCUGUUUAAUUGGGGAGGAUCAGGGGGACACUUCAAGGGUCCUUACGUUCCACUUGAACGAUGGCAAAGUGGAUGGGAACAUCCACAUCACAGCCAUGGUCACAGUCAUGGGCAUCAUGGAGGAGGUGGCAAAGGUGGAAGUGGAGCUGCUUUGAGUGCUUUAGCUCUCUUAGCCUUUUUAUUUUUUAUUAACUGUAUGCAGCAAUCAUUAAAUGACAAUACUACAGCAUCAGCAUCAACAACAACUACAGCACUACUAGUUCGUGACGAUGAUGAUUUUAUAUCAAGCGGAGUGGAAAGAAAUCCAGCAAAAUUAGUAAAAACAAAGCAGCCGCCUCUCACCCGCAGAAACAAAAGGUCUGAGUUCGAAAAGGGUGACAUGGGAACCCACCUAGAUCAAUACUCUUAG